CACGCCGCCUCCGCAGCUCUCCCUUCCCUUCCCUUCCCCCUCCAAGCUCCCAAACUCUGCUCCCUCCGUCCCCGGAAGCGCCUCCGCCUCCGCCUCGUCCCUCCUCCCUCGCAGCGCAGCAACGUCGUGAGCGGCUGCCGAACGCGGACCCCCUGAACCCCGCAAGAGUUCUUCGUUAUAUUGUUGGAGACUUGUCUUAUCUGCUGUAGUCUGAAACAACUCAAGAUGUCAUUUUAUGCAAGAAGGGGUGGAGACAGGGGUAGUGACCGUUUUCAAGGAGGAGGUGGGCGAGGUGGACAUGUCAUGCCAGGAAGAUCAGGCCUUCCUCCUCGAGGACCACUUGGGAUUAACGCCCGACCAUCUGCACGCAUUAUUGCUAAGUCUUUUAGCCGAACCAAAGACAUGACCUGGAGACCUGAUCUGUUCAGUGACAGUAUGGCGGCUAGUGGAAUAGAAACUGGUACAAAGUUGUACAUUUCAAACUUGGACUAUCGUGUUUCCAAUGAGGAUAUAAAGGAGCUGUUUUCAGAAGUUGGUCACUUGAAACGAUUUGCUGUUCACUUUGAUGGUUAUGGUCGCCAAAAUGGUACAGCUGAGGUGGUGUUUACAAGGAGGAGUGAUGCAGUUGCUGCAUUGAAACGUUAUAAUAAUGUUCUACUUGAUGGAAAAGCUAUGAAGAUUGAAGUUAUUGGAAGUGACUUAGGUUUGCCUAUGACACCUCGUAUAAAUGUUGUCGGGGCUUCUAAUGGCAGACCUACCAGAACAGUUGUUAUGACGCCUGAAGCGGGUCGACGUGGUGGAGGUUCCAGCAACAGGCCUUUGAGUAAUCCCACCAACAGAUUUAAUCGUGGUGCUUUCCAAACUGGCCGAGGCCGAGGCAGGGGCCGUACUUCGUUCCAGGCCCCGUUCCAGACCCAGUUCCAGGGCCGAGGCAGGGGCCGUGGUCAAUUGCGGGGCCGCGGCCGGGGAAGGAAACAAGCAGAGAAGACUGCAGAUGAACUGGACAAAGACCUGGAAUCCUAUCAUGCCGAGUCAAUGAAGACCGACUGAUUGCUGCAAGUUAGUCAUGGUGGUGGCUUUGGCAUGGGUGCUGCGCUUUGCAUGUGCUGCAAGAUUAUCUCAUGAUCGGAUGUACCAGUUUGUGUUAUAGUUUUUAUUGGAGCAAAUCUAUCUUUCCAUGCUGGUAUCCAAAACCAACUCCACCUCUAGUAGUUUAUCUGCAAUUUGCCUUAGAUUUAAAUUUGGUGUAUGGUUGCCAUAGAGAUUAUCGUGUUAACUAGAAGUAGCAAGCAAGCUAGAAGUGAUAUUUUGAGUUUUCAAUUACUGUUUAUCAUGCAAAGAAAUAAACAAAUUUCGAUUAACAAA